UCCCAUCUGUCACAAAUUCUGUCAUUGGGCAGGACACUGGCGUUAUUUUAUGUUAGUAACAUUAUUCUACCCAGGGCCAUUAGCAAAGCUGCCACUUCCCCCAAGAAGGCAUGGGCUCGGGAGAGAGUACGACCAGGAAAGUGUCUUUCGGUGUCGAUGAUGAGGACAGGGUUAGGAUUCUUCGUGGAGUCAAGCUGUCAGAAGAUGUUCUUCAGAGGAUGAGAGGAGUAGCCAACAUUGCUCCAGAACGCCCAUCAUCAUCACCCUCAAGUGCUCAGAAAGAUACAGGUGCCUCUUGCAGUGCUAGCUCAAGCCCUCGAACCCAGCAGAGCCCACAGCAACGGGCCCAACCCAGUACCCAGUCCAGUACCCAGUCCAGCACUAGCAAACCAGACUCCUACACUAAGGAAGAACAGAGGAAGUAUGAACAAAAGCAGACGAUAAUCAAGGAGGAGUUGGCCAGGGUGGCACAAAGAGAGAAGGAGGCAGCGAUGCAGGAGAUGAGUAAAGCUAUGAGCCGGGAAAGACAACACACACGUCAGGACGCAGAGAAGGCCAAACAACUGGUUCAGCAGCUACAGAAGAAAGAUUCACAGCUGAAAGCACUGGAUGCCUUCUACAAGGAGCAGCUGGCACAACUGGAGAAGAGGAAUUGGGAAGGAUACGAACAGAGCAAAGAAGAAUUCCACAAAGCAGCCUCCAAGACUGAAGCAAACGUGAGGUCUCGCAAUACAGACCCAGUGUGUCCUGGCCUGCAGGCUCAGAUUUUAUCCUGCUAUAGGCAGGACAGAGACCAGACCCUACGAUGUUCAGACAUUGCCAAAGAAUACAUGCAGUGUAUCAAUGCUGCAAAGAAGAACCUGCUGGUCAACCAUGGAUGAAGAGUGGGAGGAAAAGACUAAAAGGGAUGAAGGCUUUUACUUUGGCACCAAGAGCGGCACUUGUUGCCUUCCUGUUUUGAAUUAUGAGAGUUUAUUUGCUGUUAGCAUGACUUGAUUUUAAAACUUUCCUAUUAUGCUAUUUAUCCGCGGUAUCACCCAUUUUAGUUGCUCUACUUUGCUGCACUGCUAUAUUCUACAGGGAAGCUUAUGAAAGAGUGUAUGUGUCAGGUUUAUGAUCUGAGUAAGUACAGUUUCAAUUUAGUCAUUUAAAAGAUUGGCAGAAAGUAUUUCUAAGAUUUGACCUAUAAGGAUGCAUUCAGGGUCACUCCUCCAUCAGCCAAAUAAAAUUCAGUUUACGUCCAAACCUCUGCUGCUUUUGUAAAGAUGGAAAAGAAGAAAAGCACUUCAAGUUUGAGGUGAAUCGGGUGCAUAGGUAGGAAUAAGCUCAGGUAAUCCUGGCCAUGAUUUUAAUUCAUUAGACCUGUGAUGUAUUAUAUGAUUUUAUUAAACCAUUUCUAACUGG